AUGGACAUUAAUACAGAUGCCAUGAAAGCUUAAAACAAAAUAAAAGAGAAGAAAGAAUGGGAAGGAGAUUAUUAUUAUGCUGAAAUAAAUGAAAUAAACAUUCCUAUUCCUGGUUUUGUUCAACUUUCAACCAUAAAGGAGAUAUUCGCUGCUUUAUAAGAAGCUUAAAAUUAAGUUAAUGAUUAUUUGGAAAAUCCAAAAUUAAAAAACUAAAUUUUAGUAAAAAAUCUCAAGAAUUGA